AUGGCUAGCAGCGAAGCUCAGUACGACAGUAUUGCUCUGCAGUAUGCUGAAAAUCAUGACACAUGGGGCACUCGUUGCAUUGAACGCUAUACGGUUCACAAUUGUAUGUUAAAACCACUCCUAAAUGAACAUGGCCUCUUGACAGGAAAACGCGUACUGGAUCUGGCUUGUGGUCAUGGUAACUAUACCCGUGAAUUAAAAGCAUUAAAAUGCGAUUACAUUCUUGGAGUGGACAUAAGUCCAGAAAUGAUCAAGCUUGCUCGUACUAUCGAACACCAGAAUCCGCAAGACAUUGAUUACAUGGUUGCCGAUGUCAAAGAUUUGCCUAAAUCUAAACAACCUUUUGAUUUAGUUACUGGAUUUUAUUUGCUUCCCUACGCACGCACACGUGAUGAAUUGCUGGAAAUGGUACGGGUCAUCUUUAACCAGUUAGGCGAAAACAAACAAUUCAUUGGUCUAAUAGCUAUACCAAUGCCACGCAAGGAAGAAAUUGAUCAUCGAAAAUAUGGUUUCACAAAAUAUACUACAGUUACUUUCUCUGAUGGCUGUAUACCAGAUGCGACUGAAUAUAGUGUCACUCUUUACAACACUGAAAACGAAGAGACAUGCGCUUUUACAGCGUACUAUUAUUCCACAUUAACUUACGAACAAGUGUUCAAAGAAGCAGGAUUUAAAACGUUACAGUGGGUACCGAUUGAAUUUGACCCUUAUGCACCUAACAGGGCAUUUUAUGAUGAUUAUCUUAAAUAUCCGCCAGAAGUCGGUUUGGUAGCAGCAAAAUAA